AGACCAACACGGAGGCCCGGCUCCCCCUGCUGGUGAGUCUGCAGUGUCUUCUCGUCUCCAUUGGCCAAGGCCUCCCCGUCGCCAUGUUCUCCCUGGCUGCACAGUGGCCAACGCCACACCGCUGACACCAUCGGGCUCCACGUGACCUGCCUGAACAGCAGCUCCUCGUACUCGGUGGUGUGAACACGCCUGAGGUGGCUGUGUGACACGGAAAGCUUCUUUGAAGGAGGCUGAGGAGCCAUUUCUGCAUCCUAGGCCCACUCGUGAGCAUCUAGGCCAAAGGAAUUACUGAUGUUCAACAGAGAGGGCAUGUGGAUUCCAGAGGGAGCGGUGAAGAAACAAGCGAGCAGGCUGGUCUGGAGCCCAGCUCCCCUGACUUGUUUGAUAGUUCUACUGAUGAUCCAAUGGGGCUCUGCUGCAAAGCUGGUCUGCUAUUUCACCAACUGGGCCCAGUACAGACAGGGAGCUGCUCGCUUCUUGCCCAAGGAUGUGAACCCCAAUCUGUGCACCCACCUCAUCUAUGCCUUUGCGGGCAUGACCAAUCACCAGCUCAGCUCCAUAGAGUGGGAUGAUGAGGUUUUCUACCAGGAGUUCAACGGCCUGAAGAAGAUGAAUCCCAAGCUGAAGACACUGCUUUCCAUCGGGGGCUGGAACUUUGGCACUCAGAAAUUCACAGAUAUGGUGGCUACGGCCAACAACCGUCAGACCUUCGUCAACUCAGCCGUUAAGUUUCUGCGCAAAUAUGAUUUUGAUGGCCUUGACCUUGACUGGGAGUACCCAGGGAGCCGGGGGAGCCCUCCUUCGGACAAGCAGCGCUUCACAGCCCUGGUGCAGGACCUGGCCGCUGCCUUCCAGCGGGAAGCCCAGACGUCAGGGAAGGAACGCCUCCUUCUGAGCGCAGCCGUCCCGGCCGGGAGAAAGAACAUAGAGGCUGGAUACGAGGUGGACAAAAUUGCUCAGAGCCUGGAUUUCAUCAGCCUUAUGGCCUACGACUUCCAUGGCUCUUAUGAGAAGACCACAGGACAUAACAGCCCCCUCUACAAGAGGCAGGGAGAGAACGGGGCAGCGGCCGAACUCAACGUGGACUUUGCCGUGCAGCUCUGGGUGCAGAAGGGGACCCCUGCCAACAAACUGAUCCUUGGCAUGCCUGCCUAUGGACGAUCCUUCACCCUGGCCUCCCCAUCAAACACUGGAGUGGGGGCCCCAGCUACGGGGCCUGGAACCCCUAGCCCCUUCACCAAAGAGGGAGGGCUGCUGGCUUACUAUGAGGUCUGCUCCUGGAAGGGGGCCACUAAGCCCAGAAUCAUGGACCAGAAGGUGCCCUAUGCCUUCAAGGGCAACCAGUGGGUGGGUUUUGAUGAUGUGGAGAGCUUCAAAACCAAGGCCAGCUACCUGAAGCAGAAGGGACUGGGUGGCGCCAUGGUGUGGGCACUGGACAUGGACGACUUCGCUGGCUUCUUCUGUAACCAGGGCCCAUAUCCCCUCAUCAAGACACUGCAGCUGGAGCUGAGUCUUCCUUUAGGCCCGCCAGGACCUGAAGUCCCCGCACCAGACCAGCAGCCUUCUGAACCUGAGCGUGGCCCCAGCCUCGAACAAGACACCUUCUGCCGGGGCAAAGCUGACGGGCUCUACCCCAACCCUGGGGACCAGUCCAGCUACUAUAGCUGUGCAGGGGGGCGGCUAUUCCAGCAAAGCUGCCCAGCGAGCCUGGUGUUCAGCUCCUCCUGCAAAUGCUGCACUUGGAGUUGAGUGCCCAGGGCCCCUGCAGCCCCAGCCACCGGGCCAGGCGCUGGGGUCACUCCACAGUCUGCCUCUGCAGCUCUCCCUGGGGGCUACAGUCCUAGAGACUUCCCUGUGGCUUUUCUGUAUCCAAGCUUUCUGCUCUCAGCCUUGAGUUCCUUUUCCUAUGGUCCUUCUGGACCUGUUACUUGCAAAAUAAAUCUAUGGUUUGCUCCC